AAUGUCUUCCACUUUCAAAAAGUUGGGUAUUGAAUAUAAAGAAUUGCCGUAAUCCCAAGUAGAUGAAGCUAUCUAUUCUAUUCAAUCUAUGAGAUUGGAAUAAAUUUUAAUUUCAGAAGGAGAAAUAUUUGAUUGGCAAAAUCUCUUAAAUCGUCCAGAUUUAGUAAGCUUAAAAUACCCAGAUAAAUUAGGAACUUUAAUGAUGUAAAAUGAAUCAAAUACAAGUAACUCUUUCUUUAUUUUCGAUAUAAAUAAUCCAUUUAGGAUUAAAGUUAUUGCUACCAUCAAAUCAAAGUAUAUUUAAUCUUUUAUUAAGGAAAUAUCAAUAAAUCUAUUUAAUUGUAGCCAUUAUUGGCAUAAUUCCUUUUUGCAUGGAAGAUUCUAAAAUAACAUAAGGAAUAGAAAUAGUUAUUAAUUGUAUAUUAGCAAUUGAUAUCAUUUUAAAAUCAAUUGCUAAUGGAUUCAUUUUUAGUAAGAAAUCCUAUCUUAAAAAUAUCUGGAAUAUUCUUAAUUUUGUUGCAUUUCUAUUUACAUGGUUUUUGUUUUUAGCUAAUUCAAAAAUUUCAGAAAUAAUAAAAACUAUAAGAUUCUUAAGAAUCUUUAGAUUCAUAGAAGAAGUCUCUAUAUUGAAGAUAUAAUUUAAUGCUUAUGUUGGAAGCUUUUUAAGAGUUAAAUCAGUUCUGAUACCUAUUUUUUUAGUAAUGAUUUAUUUUUCAAUAAUUGGAUUACACUUAUUUAUAGGCUUAACAGAAAGAAGAUGUCGUAUUACUUAAUAACCUGUAAAUAAUACUUGGAUAGCAGACCCAAAUAUUCAAAAAUUAUGUGGCAUAUGGGAAUGCCCUGAAAAUACUUUUUGUGGAAGUCUUUUAGAUUAAAAUCUUCCAAGAAAUGAAACUGAAAAUGAUGUAGAAGCAUUUAAUUGGAAUUUUACAAGAUUUGAUGAUUUUUUUCAUUCAUUUUUAGUAGUCUUUACAUUUUUAAAUGUUACUGGAUGGUCUGGAACAACAUUUAUGGUAUUUUUUUAUAUAAUUCUAUUAGUUUUGGAAAGCUAUGACAACUUAUGUUACUGCAACAUAUUUUUUAAUUAUGAUUCUUUUAAUGGCAUUUAUACUUUCUAAUUUGUUAUUAGCUUUGUUUUAUGAAUCCUUUAUGGAGAAAUCUUCAAUUAAAAAUACCUAAAAAAAAUUAAAAUAAGAAUAAUAAUAGAUAGAAGAAGAGAUAAAGAGAAAAAAUUAAUAGUAAUUAAUAAACCGUUUAAGUGUUAUAAGCAAACAAAAAGAAAAAGGGAAUUAAAUUUCUAAUUUUAGUAUUUAUUUUACAGAGGAACAAAACAUUAAUAUUAAGGAAAGUGAAAAAGAAGUAUUUAUUAACAAAAUUUUAAACUCUCCUAAGAUUUCAGUAUUAAAUACUUUAUUUGUUUUUCUAUCUGCUUUUGCUAUAGCAUAUGAUUAUGAUGGUAUUCCUAAAAUUUAGUAUUAACGAUUAUAAUUGAUAGAUUUUAUAUGCAUUCUUUACACAUUUUUUGAGAUUGUGAUUUAAUUUUGUGGAAGAGGAAUAUAAGAAUUUUUUUCUAAAAGGAUAAAUGUUUUUGAUUUUUUAAUAAUCUUUUCUCAGUGGGCAUUAAUAUUUUUUUUAGUUUGCUUUGAUUAAGCAAUCAUAUAUAAUAAUAAUCGAGUCAUCAUUAUUAUAAAAUCUCUUAAAAUUUUAAGAAUAUUUAAAUCAUUAUUUUUCGCUAAAGUGUUUUACACCAUUGCAGUACUUAUUAGAUCCUUAAUUAGUACAGUAAUAGCACUUAAGAAAAUACUAUUUCUGUGGAUUUGCCUUAUAUUUUUAAUGUCAGUCUUCGGUAAACAAUUACUUUAGUAUAAAAUGUCUGAAUAAAAUAUGACUAUUUAUUAUGAUGAUUUUGGAUCUGCCCUAAUGGCUGUUAUUAAUAUAUUUUAUAAUGAAGAAUGGCAUAUAACUAUGUAUAAAUAUGGUAGACAUACUCAAGCAUCUAUUGUAUUUUAUAUAAUUUGUGUUGUUUUUGGAUAAAUUUUCUUUAUCAGAUUAUUAACAGCCAUCUUUUUAAAUGAAUUUAGCUUAUAGAUAGAGACUGUGUAAACUAGUUUAAAACCUAUAGAUUAUAAAAAGAUUUUUUCUUAUAAAUAAGUUAAGGUAUCACAUUAUUAAAAAGCCAUUAGAUUGAAAAUAAGGAAUGCGAAUCAAAACUAGAGCUUGUUUAAUAAGUUUCAAAAGAGAAAAAUACAGAAUCUAAUAAUUAGAAGGGCCUAAAAUUAAAUAGGUAAAAAAGGAAAACUAAUUCAAUUAUAAAUAAUUAAGUGUUGUAAUCUUCAUUUUAAAACCUUGAUGAAAAUUUUAACGUUAAUCAAGAAAAUCCAUAACAAGAAAGUAGUAAAUAAUAAGUUAUAAAAUCUGAUGCUGGAAUCAAAUAAGAAGAAUUUUAAAAUAAAACCUUAUUCAUGUUUUCUGAAAAACAUCCACUCCGUAUACGAGUUAAGUCAUUAAUUGAAAAUUUACCAUUUAGAGUGUUUUUAAUUAUUCUUGUGUUGAUAUGUGUUGUUAGAACUAUAUUAUUAACACCAUUUUUAAAUCCUGAAUCUUAUUUAUUUUCAAUUUUAUAAACAGUUCAUUUAGUGAAUACUAUUUUAUUUUGUAUUCAAAUUUCAUUAAACAUUUUAUCUGAUGGCUUAAUAAUAGGAAAAGAAUCUUAUUUAUAAAAAUCCCCUUAUAAUACUCUAAACUUUCUUAUUACAACAAUGGAUAUAGUGGCUAUUUUUAAUUACAAUAAAUUAAUAUUUAACCUCUUUUCAAGUUUAAGAAUUUUAGAAUUUAUUAGGAUAGGAGCAGAGUUAAACUAAAAUAUUAAUUAUGUAUCAUAAGCUUUAAUGAAAGCAUUUUAAACAAUGAUUUAAUUAAGUAUUUUUUGUUUUGUCAUACUUCUUGUAUAUGGAAUAUUUGCUACAAAGUUAUUAAAAGGUAGUCUAUAUUAUUGUUCAAUGCCAAAUUAAUUUUAAGGUCUAGUAAAUGAUAAAUGGGAUUGUAUGGACAAUGGGGGUUCAUGGAUAAAUAAAAUAUUGGGAUUUGAUAAUGUAUUUGAUAGUGCUUUAACUUUGUUUAUUACAGCAACUACCGAGGCUUGGUUACCUAUUUUAAUAGAUACAUGGAGUUCAAGAGGUAAAGAUCUUGUUCCUAUUAAUAAUCAUAAUAGAUGGUGGGCAGUAUAUUUUUAAGUGUUUUUCUUUAUUGGUAAUAUUUGUAUGCUUAAUAUGUUUAUCAGUUUAGUUGUAAAUACUUAUUAAGAAACAAAAAUAAAAGCUUAAGGAAUGUCAGAAUUAAAUGGAAAUCAAAGAGAGUGGCUGUAAAUCAAAAAUAGUAUUAAUAAUCUUACUCCAAGGGUUAAUUAUGAACUACCUAAAAAUAAAAUUUUAAAACUAUUUUACUAUUUUGCCGAGAGUAAAAAAUUGAAAUACUUUUGGCAUACUAUAAUCGGAAUAAAUACAAUUAUUUUAUCAUUAUUUUAUACAAGACAAAAUGAGAUAUUUAGAAAUAUUUUGAUGACUAUUAAUUAGUAUUGCAUUUUAAUAUCUGCAAUUGAGAUUUCAGUUAGAUUUAUAGUUAAAUAUGGGAAAAAAAGAGAUGUUUUUUAAAUAAUUGAUUGUUUUGGAAUAAUUUUGAAUCUUUUUGAUUUGUUUAUAUUACAUGAGAUAAGCUAAAACUUUUAUAUAAUUAGAUCUUUCAAAGCAGUAUCAGUAGCAUUUUAAUUAUUAAGAAAUUAUUAUAUAAUUAGGUAUUUAACUAUUAAUAUUAUAUUAAAGACGCUUCCCAGAAUUAGAGAAAUUAUUUAAUACAAUAUUUUCAGUAAUUCCAUCUGCUUUAGCAAUGAUAUUUAUUAUGGCUUUAUUUUUAUUUAUCUAUGCAUCUUUAGGAAUGGAUUUAUUUGGAUAUUUGAGACCAUAGAAUUAUAUUGAAGGAUUUGAUCUUCAUUUUAGAACAUUUACUACUGCAAUGUUUUCAUUAAUAAGAGUUGCUAGUUCAGAAUAAUGGUGGGCUUUAUUAGUUGAUUCAGUACAUACAAGAACACCAGAUUUUGCUUGCAUUUAUAUUAAUGAUUACUAAAAUUAUUAAACACAUGGUUUUAAUGGAUGUGGAACAUAUUGGGCUUAUGCUUAUUAUAUAUCAUUCCAUCUUAUAUUUUCAUUAGUCAUAUUAAAUUUAUUUAUUGCUUCAAUUCUUGGAGCAUAUGAAGAACAUGUUAAAUCUGAAUAAAGUGCUAUUUCUAAAUAUCAAUUACAUGAUGUUCUAAAUUAUUGGGCAUAAUACGAUCCAAAAGGAAUAGGAUUCCUUAAUUAUAAAUAAUUUUGGAAAUUAUCCUCAGAAAUUGCUAUCUGCUUUGGAGUUCCAGUUAAAGAACUUUAUGAUCCAGCUAACAAAACUAAUUUUCUAAGGGCUUUACAUAUUCCAUUAUAUGAAGAUAAGGAUGGUCUUAUGGGUUAUCUAUUUCAUGAUGUUAUUGUUAGUUUAACUAAACUAUCUGUUGAAUUAAAAUAUGGUGUAAAAGAGUAUUUAUUUUUACUCAUUAUUAGUUUGGAAUCAAGUUCAUAUAAAGGCAAAGAAUUUUUACAUGAUUAUUAUAAAUUAUUUGAAAAAACACCAUAUAACAGUGGUUAAAUGUCUAGUAUCAUUUUUAUCUAAGGGAAAAUCAGAACUAUCAGAAAUAGAAAAAAAGGAAUUAAAUUUCUUAAUAUUGAAGCACUUAAAUAAGAACUAUAAAAUUAAAAUGAUGCUGAAAGAAGUGGAUAAGAUAAUGAAAAUUGA